AGUCAACAGUUUUUAGUUUUCAAUUGAUUACUGCGUUGUUGCGUUGUUCGAUGCACAUCGCAGUUUUAAAAUUUAAUAUUUUUUUUUAAAUUUGUUGUUUUUUUAGUUCUCAAGUUUAGUUUUAUUUUUAAAUUGUUUUCUCGUUUUUUGUUUUUUAAGAUUAAUUUCGAACAUUACUGACGCCAUCAAAGCAGAACAACACAACUAGCGCUAUUUUCAUAAUGGUAGUGGUGAAAUUCAUAAGUUAUUAUGUAUUAUUUAUUGUAUUAAUAACGCAAAACCUACCGAAAGCAACAUGUAGUCGACCAGUGACAAAUGAAGAUAUUAAAGAUGUACUUUUAAGUGUAAUUCAUAUGUUACACGGUACUCAAGAUAAACUAGAACGACAUGAAAUGCGUGAAAAACAAUUAGGUGAAAUUGUAAAACGAGCAUUAGGUGGUUUAGAAAAACGGCACCGGGGCUUGGAACCGAUUAAAGGAUUAUUGGAACGAUUGGAUGAACGUUUAGCUGGCGUUGAAACUGUUUUGAUGCAGAAUGAAGAACGUCAACGACUACAAAAUUUGGUGACGAAUAGUACUGUCGAAAAUUUAGUCCAAUCAAUUGAAACGUUAAAUGAAAAAUUGUCAUCAAUUGAAGAAGGUACGACCGCCAAAACCGGUGAUGGUGGAGCAAACUUAAACGAAAUUAAAGAACUAAAAACAUUAGCUAGUGAGCUAACCAAAAAAAUUGACAAGCAACAGAAUGAAAUUCAAAGAAUUGGAAAAACAACGGAUACUUUAGUAACAUUUUUAACGGAACGUAGUGGAAAAGUAACCGCCGAUUUAAAUAAAUAUGGAGAGAAAUUACUUGAUAUUCAUAGUAAACUCAAUUCGGCAAUUCCAUCCGCAGAAUUAACAUCAAUCUCGUAUAAAGAACCCGUGGAAGGUGAUUCGUUAAAUAACAGUUUAAUCGCAACAAGUUUAGAAUCACAACGACAACUACUAGAAACAAUUUCGUACGAUGUUCGAUUGAAUACACUUAGCAUCGAAAAGUUAGCGACAUUAAAAGAUGUUACAAGUUUAACAAAUGAUACGUUACAUGUUUUACAAAAUGUUAAAUUUGAUUUACAUGAAACCAGUUCACGGCAAUUCGAUGAAAUCAAAGGUCAAAUCACAGAUUUGGACACAAAUUUAAAUACGAGUUUCUUGACACUAAAUGAUAUUUCGACAAAUGUUUACGAUGGUAUUGGUAAAAGUUACGAACAAUUACGGAAUGAGAUACAAGCGUUAUCGAAAAUUGAGAAAGUUAUGAUACAGACAGCGGAUAAUGCUUUGGAUAUUAAGAAACGUUUGGAAUAUGGAGUUCAUCAAAUUUUAUUGGAAGUUGGGGAUUUGGUUAAAGUUCAAGGGAAUAAUUUGAAUGGAACUGUUAAUAAACGUUUUGAUGAUAUUGAAUUAACAAUAUUAGACAAUCAAAGUGGAGCUUUAGCGAAUUUAACAACCAAAUUUGAAACAGAAAUGUCACAAGUAUGGAGACAAAUUGGUAUUAUGUAUCAACAAGUGACAGCAAGUAACACAGCUUUGGAUCGUUUACAAGCGCAAACUGAAACUUACGUCAAUGGAUCCUUAACGACUAUGGAUAGUAUGGAAGGAAAAGUUGGAAAAAUUAACACACGUAUGGCUGAAGUUGAUGAAAAUUUAAAUUUCCUAUUAGGACGUUUAUCAUUGGUAACGCACGAUUUUAAUCAAAUAAAAAUUGGAUUGGGUGAUGCAUUGGAUAAUAUACGGGGUAGUUUUAUAACUGUACAAAAUAAAGUGAAGGAUGUUGGACCUGGACCACAUAAAAUACCUGAUGCUGAAAAUGAAGUUGAAUCAAAUCUGCCAUAAAAUAUAAGAACACCAAAUUAAAAUCAAAACAAAAAAGAUUGCUUUAUUUAGUUUUAUUUUAAUUAAUUGACACCAUAUUUUAUUUUUCAUGUGGUCUAAAAGCCCACAUUAGUAAACCUUCCUUGAAAACGUCUUUGAGCUCUGAAAGUGAGAUCAAAGUAGAAAAAAAUAAACCUUUUCCGAUUUAAAUGUUUUUAGGAAUAAAUUAUAUCUUUAAAAAUUAAUAAUAUUGCCCGUGUUUUCGUUUUAAAAUUGAUUGAGGGAGCUACGAGAUAUUCUGUAGAUAUGCAUGCUUUAACUAUGAACCAUGAUAACUUCCUUUGAAGUGUGAAUCUUCCGUUAUAGGUUUUAAAUCAAAGAUUUUUAUAGGCGUUGUCUCUUUUGUUCUCCAGCCUGAAUCUCUCGGGUAAUGCAGGUUUAAUCGCUGGUACUUUGUACUCAAAA